CCAAAAUGGAAGGUCUGAACCAAAAAAUAUUUACAUCAGGAUACCAUGAUUCUCUCACUGUGAACAAGCAUGAAGUCACAGUCGGUAGCAAGAUCAGCGAGGGUGGCUAUGCCGUAGUCUACAAGGCAAAAGAUACAAGGUCUGGCAAGACAAUGGCAUUGAAAUAAAAUAUUCCUUAAGGACAAAGAAACCGAAGAGGUAAUGAAAUAAGGAAGUUAGGAUCUGGAGAGAGCUUCGUGACCAUCCCAACAUUGUUAAAUUUAUCGACGCAGCUCUGCAUAAGACCUCUAAAGGCAAAUAUUUGUAUAUCCUUUCAGAAUAUUGAUCAGGCGGACACUUGUUAGAUCUCUUGGAGAAAUAUAAGGGCAAACUUAAGGAGACCCAGAUCUUGAUUGCUCUGAAACAUGUGGUUAGAGGUAUCAAGUACAUGCAUCAGCAAGAUCCACCAGUUGCACAUCGGGAUAUUAAAGUAGAGAAUAUUCUUCUGCAAGAUAAGAACUUCAAACUCUGAGAUUUUGGAUCUGCAUCCUCCAAUGUAUUAGAUCCGAAAAAUACUAACGAUAGAGAAGUUGAAGAUGAGAUGGAAAAUUAUGAAAAAUAUACCACUUUCAUGUACAGGCCACCAGAAAUGAUUGAUAAGUACAGAGGAUGGAAAGUAGGAGCAAAGGUAGACAUCUGGAUGCUUGGAUGAGUCCUAUUUGCUCUCUGAUUCUUCAGACAUCCAUUUCAAGAUGCUCAGAAAUUAGCCAUUUUGAAUGCACAUUACUUCUUUCCCACUGAUAACGAAUCCAAAAGACGUAUUGGAGAAAAAUUAAGAGACUUGAUAAGACAUAUGCUUACUCCAAACCCAGCAAAUAGGCCGGAUAUCUUUGAAAUUGAAGAUAUUCUGGAGACCUGGGUUGACCAAGAUCACAUUGAUAUUAACAAAGAUGCUCUAAAACUGAAGCAAGAAGAGCUUAGAAAACUGAAACAAAAAACUUCGAAAACUGCUACUAAAAAUGCGCCAGUGUCUUCUAGCAAGGAUCUCACCCCUGAAGAUAUCAGGAAUUUACAAAAGAAGCUACAGAAAGAAAAAGCGGAGGGAAGCAAGAAACAUGCUGUUCCACUGCAUAGUGAUUAUCAGAAGAAAAUGCAUGAAGAGCUUUACUCAAAGAAGGCUAAGCAACAGCCCUCCAAAACUCAAGGAAAAGCAGAUGACUUUGCCUGGGACGACUUCGACGACUCUAAACCUAAGAAAACCUCUAAAGCAGCAGACGCAGGAUUUGAAUUUGAUUUCGAUUCUCAUGAUCAAAAGAAAGAUGAAGAGCCGAAAGUAGCAGAUGAUGCAGAGGAGGACUUCUUUGGUACUAGUCAGAACAAAUAUUGAACACAGCCACAAGAUGACUGGUUCGAUAACAGUGGUUCAAAACCUGUAAAAUCAUCUGAUAAAAAGGAGAAGAAGCCUGUUCAACAAGAAAAGAAAGAUGAAUUUGAUUUUGAUUUUGGAGGUCAGCCAUCCAAAAAGAGCUCAAAGCCAUCAUCUGAUUUCUUUGGAUUUGAUGAUAAUCCAAAACCACGACCAGAAGCAACCGAUAAUGCAUUUGAUGCAUUUGAACAACCAGAUUUAAUUCAACCAGAUAAGCCUAAGUUCGAAGAUUAUUUUCCAGAAGGAAAUGAUAGUGACAAUGAUGCUGAACAAGAUUCUGGCUUAAUCUCAAAUCUAAAGAAGCUUUAUCAAAAAGAUGGUGUCUUGCCAGAAAAUAACAAACAAGAUGAUAUCCUUCAGCCUGAAAUUCUCCAACCAAAGAAAGAAUUUACCCCUGAAGUAAAACUUCAAGGUGCAGAUUUCUGGGAAGAAAGGAAAAAUCCUCAUUUAUCUUACCAACAAAAGCCAAAUUAUCAUCAUCUCUCUGUCCUCGGUGCUCCUGGCGCCUCUGGGGGUCACCUCUCACCUGGAGGGUUUCCUUCCCACCCAAUGGGAGGACCAUUACACAUCUCCAAAAGCAGUAACGCUUUAGUUCCUCCUUCAGAAUUCCCUUCUCAGCCUAAUAUGCCACUCAACAUCCACAGAAGUCAUAGUUCAGAUUCCUCAGCUGUGAAGAAGGCCGAUAAGAAUUCAGGAGUUUUUGGUGAUCUCUACCAAACCUCAAUGGAACAAGUCCAGAAAUAAUUAUAGUGGGUUCUCAAUAGUAGCCAGAUGCCUU